ACACCUCUAGUUUGACAUUACCUACUACGUGUUUGACAUAAAAAAUAUACAUUUUGCAGCUGAAUUUGGAGCGACAUUUACGAAUUGCAUAGAGAUAUACUAGUGCGUAUUAUUUAUUAAACAGUGUAAAGUUUUUUUGUUGCUACUCCCCCCCCACCCGCUGGAGAAGUGUUUCGAAAAGUGCCUGAAAUUGCCUUCGUUGGCUCUCGAAGAACAUGGCGAGACUGACAAAAGUCUAUACCACUGAUGACGAUGAUUCUGGUUAUGUUGGUCGCAGGCAUUUACCCCUGGUAGCAGGCGAUAAACUAAUGAUGCUAAUGGACCUGAACAGCAAAGGACUCGUCAUCGACAGCCCCCUGAUACGGGGUCGCGACCUGGAGGAGUUCUCUCGCAAAUUCAGGCUGCUCACAGAGGCCGAGCGUCGCCAGUCGCUGGAGAUUGAUAGCGCCAGCUUUAUGGCGGUGCUAAAUCAGUGUGUGCAGUGCGUGGGCUGUCGACGCCGGGUGGAGCGAUUGUACUAUCAGCUGACCGAGUCGGGACAUCGCACGCUCGAUCCGCUGGAGCUGCGAGACAAGGCCAAGCUGGGCAUUGCCGAGGAGAAGCUGAAGACGCCGCAAGCCCUGGGCACGCUGCUCUAUCGACAUCACGAGGUACUCAACAAUCUGCUCGAUAGUAAAUUGCGCAAUAAGACGCGCUGUGUCCUGCAUUCGCUGGACGCCUUCCGUGCCAAACCCUUCUCGGAGACCUGGCGAGAAGUCUGGUCCGCCAUGAAGAGCAACUGCCGCAACGAGUUGACCAUCAUCGAAACCAAGGAGCUGCACGAUGUCUUGGAGAACUAUCUAAAGAAGCACAAGUUCUGCUCUGGCUGUCGGACAAAGAUUGAACGCGCCUAUAAAAUACUCAUUGGUGAAAUCUCGGCCAAAGAGAAGGGCUAUGCUGCUCAGCUGUAUGCCCACAUCCGCAAGUGUGUCCCCGACCAGCACAUACACGUGAACACGAAUAAGAUUGAGUUCCUCGAUGCCCUGAUCAAGCGUGCUGAGCCUGAGGUGAACGGCAGCUAUUCGAAGCUGCGCGAACGCCACGCCAAGACGCUGGAGAUCGCACAGGAGGAGGUGCUCACCUGUGUGGGGAUGAUCAUGUACGAGCGGCUGCGUCGCAUUUACGUAAGUCUGCGCGAGGAGGAGCGCGCCUGCCAAGUGCUGGCUGCUGUGGGCGUGCACGCACUUUGUCGCAGCUUUGAUACAUUUGUGGAGCAAAAGCAGGGCAUCAGCAAUUUGGAGCUGCUCUACCAGGAAAUUAGUCGCGCUGAGAAGGCCAAGGAGCUCAAGCGUGAGCUGAAGAAGCUCAAGAAGAAGAAGAAGAAGGACGAGAAAAAGAACUUGCAUCGCCAAUGCGAAGAGAGUGCGGACGCGGACGUAGACGCAGAUGUGGAUGCAGACGCGGGCGAGUCUGAUGACGAGGAAGAGGAUGUAGAUGUAGAUGCAGAUGUGGAUAUGAAUCUGGAGGAGCAUGUGGAGCUAAACGAUUUAGGUGUCGACGAUGGCAUUGUCAUGGAGGCAGUAACUCUUGCGCCCGAGCCGGAGCCAACGCCUCCAACCAAUGACAAGCCAACGAAAUCGAAAGCGAAGAAGCAACCGAAGAAAAAGAAGCAGAAAUCUGCCUCCAAAAAAGCCAUUACGAAGCAACAGCCGAGGUCUACGGUAUCGGCUCCUCAGCACCUGGAUGAUGAGCACGAGCACUUGGACGUCGCCAGUUGCGUUUCAUCGAAUGUUGCCAAGCUGCUGCCAAGCGGCGCUGGCAAGUGUGAUGAAUGUUUGGCGCCCAUGCCAAACUGUCCUUGUGAGCAGGAUGUACGCGACUCUGGCUAUGGAAGCGAUCCCACGUCGCACAUCAAUUCCCGUACCUCCAGCGUGGUCUCGUCGCCCGAGGGAUCGGAGGUCUCGUGCUCAGAUGGACUGUGCAAUCACGACGGCCCCCUGGAUGAGGAUCAGCAGAAUGGCUCGGAUGUUGCAGCCCGCAACAGCUUCGUCUCUGAUAUACUCGGCUGCCCCCCUUCGCAGUUGGAGCACAAGUUUUCAUUGUUGCAGAUGUGGGACGACUUUGACGACUACGAUAAGGACGAUGAAAACUGUUACAUUCCCCAAGAGGUGGUGCUGGCCUUCGAGUAUCAUCACGCGGAGGUGAUGCAGCAGCGCAAGCGACUCCGUGCCACUCUGCGCGAAAACUUCGAGCGCCUGUGCCUGCAGCGGGGUGUUCGAACACAAUAUGCUGCAGCAACCGCUGCCACCUCAGUUGGCCAUUAAAAAUGCAUUAAACCGUUGUAGUUAUUCAGUCGAGCGGUGCGAUUUCUAAAAAUCAGCACGCAUGCAUUCAAAGUACAUAUAAUUUUUUGUUUGAAAUAAAUGAAGUAUACAAGUUA